GUCCUGUCAGUUGUCAGUCCUCCUAUUGUUAACAAGUUGUAGCCAUCGAGCUUUCACCGAAACCUGCCAAACGACCUAGACCUACGUGUAUCGGCGGUGUUGGACGACCGAGUCCUUUGAUACAACAGCUGUUCCUACCAUGUCGGAACCGUCCAUCGAAGACUACGGAAUCAGUUGGAUAUGUGCCCUGCAAGAGGAAUACGAAGCCGCAUGCCGGAUGCUCGAUGAUGAAUUCGACUGCCAUGAUAUGGACGAAGUUAACGACAACAACACGUACGCCUUUGGCCGUAUUAAUGGGCACAAUGUGGUCAUUGGAUGCCUGCCAGAUGGUCGAUACGGGACCACCUCGGCUGCCUGCGUCGCUAGAGACAUGGUCCGCUCGUUCCCAAACUUGAAGUUUGCCUUGAUGGUGGGCAUUGGCGGAGGCGCGCCGAUAGGGGAAAGAGAUAUUCGACUCGGCGACGUCGUGGUUAGCGUACCAGAGGGAGUUCUCGGUGGCGUGGUGCAAUACGAUUUCGGGAAACGCUUGUCAAACGGCCAGUUCCAGCGGACAGGCCAGCUGAACGCUCCUCCCGAGGCGCUUCUAGGAGCUCUGCCCGAGAUCAGACGGCGCCACAACGACCCCAAGAAGCCGGACACCAUCGCCGAAAACUUGAAGCUCAUGGAGGAUAUGCCCGACUACCGACGGCCAGCCAAAGAUCAGCUGUUUCGCACCGACUAUGGCCACAAGGACGGAAAGAACUGUGACGCCUGCAAGGCUGACGGCUUGGAGAAGCGUCCGCCGCGUUCUACCCACCGUGAAGUAUCUGUCCACUAUGGCAUCAUUGCAUCUGCCAACUCGGUUAUGAAAGACGCCGUCGAGAGAGACCGAAUUGCCAAAGAUCCAGAGCUGAAAGUGCUGUGCUUCGAGAUGGAAGCCGGGGGCUUGAUGAACAACUUCCCGUGUCUGGUAAUUCGAGGCAUCUGCGAUUAUUCCGACUCCCACAAGAACGACGAGUGGCACAACUACGCAGCGCUCACAGCUGCAGCGUAUGCGAGAGAGCUUCUCCAUGUGCUCAAACCUAAAAGGGUGUCUGCGUUGCCGUCAUGGGCUGGCAAGAUAGAAAGCUUGCUGUCAAACGUUCAAACUGGACUCUCGGACAUAGGAAGGAGGACAGACGACAUUCUACGUCAUCGUCAUAAUGAGGAAGAGCAGAAGAUUUUGGAUUGGCUCACGCCAAUUGACUACGGUCUGCAACAGAGUGACUACUUCAAGCUACAGCAGCCGGGAACUGGCCAGUGGCUUCUAGAUUCGAACGAGUACCAGACUUGGCUAGUCACACGCAAGCAGACGCUCUUCUGCCCAGGCAUCCCGGGAGCCGGGAAGACGAUACUCACAUCCAUUGUGGUUGACGAUCUCUGCAAAAGAUUCCAAGGCGACCCAACAAUAUGUCUCGCAUAUAUAUACUGCAAUUUCAGGCGAAAAGAGGAGCAAAAGGUUGACGACCUGCUGGCAAGUCUCCUCAAACAGCUAAGCCAGAAGAGGGCUUCUCUGCCGAACGAAGUGAAAACCCUCCAUGACAAGCACAAGUCUACCCGCACUCGGCCGUCGGUAGAGGAAAUCUUGAAAACACUAAACCAUGUCGUUACUGAUUACUCUCGAGUUUUCAUCAUCAUUGAUGCGCUUGACGAGUGCGAAGCUUUCGAUGGCUGUCGAGCGAGACUUUUGACAGAGAUCUUCAACCUCCAGGCUGGGUCGGAUGCCAACGUCUUUGCAACUUCAAGGUUUAUUCCGGAGGUCAAUGAAAAGUUCAAAGGGAGUAGUAUUUCACUAGAAAUCCGCGCUAGCGACGAAGACGUGGGCGCAUAUCUCCAUAGCCAUAUGUCCCGACUUCCAGCCUUCGUUGGCCGCAGCCCCGAACUCCAGGAGGAGGUCAGGAGCGGGAUCAUCCAGUCAGUCCAAGGAAUGUAUGUAGCCGCUUUUUCCAAAGACGAUGUACGGCGUUAAUAUAUCCUCAGGUUCCUCCUUGCAAAGCUGCACCUUGAUUCCUUGAUUGGAAAGAGAUCCCCCCUGGCCGUGCGAGAGGCUCUUGCAAAACUGCCGACCGGGUCGGACGCAUACGACCGUGCAUAUCAGGACGCGAUGGAACGCAUUGAAGGUCAGGCAAAAGACCAAGAGGGCCUCGCCAAGCAGACCUUGUCAUGGAUCACAUGCGCAAAUCGACCUCUCACCACGUUAGAGCUUCAGCAUGCUCUCGCUGUAGAAUUAGGCAGGCG